AUAUCAGCAACACCGUCAACGCCAACUGCUAGGAAUAACAUAUUUAUUUAUGCUUUUGUUAAUACGCACAUUUUGACAAUACUCAUUUAAUAGAGGUUCGAGGAGAUUCUUGUAAACGUGAAAAGGUUCCAUACAUCUUUUGUUACCUUCAACACGGAAAAUCCACAAUGUCUGAUAAAGGAUCUACCUCUGUCCAACCGCUGGUGAAAAUUGGACACUAUAUUCUAGGAGCGACCCUAGGUACAGGAACGUUUGGAAAGGUUAAGAUUGGAGAGCAUCAGCUUACGAAACACAAAGUAGCAGUGAAGAUCCUAAAUCGUCAAAAAAUUAAAAGCUUAGAUGUGGUGGGAAAAAUUCGCCGAGAAAUUCAGAAUUUGAAGUUAUUUCGACAUCCGCAUAUCAUCAAACUUUACCAGGUGAUAUCAACUCCAACCGAUAUAUUCAUGAUCAUGGAAUACGUUAGUGGAGGUGAACUAUUUGACUACAUUGUGAACAACGGCAAGUUGCAGGAAUCGGAAGCAAGAAGGUUUUUUCAGCAAAUUAUUUCGGGUGUAGAUUAUUGUCAUCGCCACAUGAUCGUACACCGUGAUCUGAAACCAGAGAACCUCUUAUUGGACCACAAUAGACAUGUUAAAAUUGCAGAUUUUGGACUUUCAAACAUGAUGUUGGACGGAGAAUUUUUACGCACAUCGUGUGGUUCACCAAACUAUGCUGCACCAGAAGUAAUAUCCGGCAAACUGUAUGCCGGUCCCGAAGUGGACAUUUGGUCGUGUGGUGUAAUUUUGUAUGCCCUCUUGUGCGGAACUUUACCGUUUGAUGAUGAACACGUACCAACAUUGUUCCGCAAAAUUAAAUCUGGUAUCUUCCCAAUACCAGAGUAUUUGAAUAAACAGGUUGUUAGUUUACUUUGCCAAAUGUUGCAAGUAGAUCCAUUAAAAAGAGCAACCGUGGAGGAAAUUAAAAAGCACGAGUGGUUCCAAAAAGAUUUACCAGCGUAUCUUUUUCCCUCGCCGGUAGAGCAAGACAGCAGUGUAAUCGAUACUCAUGCAGUAUCAGAAGUAUGUGAGAAGUUUGGAGUUAAAGAGCAAGAGGUUCAUAAUGCUUUAUUAAGUGGUGAUCCACAUGAUCAAUUAGCAAUCGCAUACCAUUUAAUAAUUGAUAACAAACGAAUUGCUGACGAAGCUGCCAAGGCCGAAUUGAAAGAUUUUUACGUAGCGGGUAGUCCGCCUACAAUACCGUCUCAAUCAGAGAAACAUACGCCGGUAAAUGAACCGUUUAAAUCGCCUUUGAUUCAUCCUGAGCGAAUUGCACCAUUACGCGAAAGACCAGUAAACACGAAUAGCACUCCGGUACCUAUACAACACAUUACACCUACAGCUAUUCCAAUAGACAAACAUCGUGGAACACCCGUUAAGCGAGCUAAAUGGCACCUAGGUAUCCGCUCUCAAUCGAAACCAAACGACAUCAUGCUUGAGGUUUAUAGAGCGAUGAAGGCACUAGACUUUGAAUGGAAAAUUAUCAAUCCAUACCAUGUUCGUGUUCGAAAAUACAAUGCACGAAAUGAAAAAUACGUGAAGAUGUCACUACAGCUCUAUCAAGUGGAUGCUAAAAGCUAUCUACUGGAUUUCAAAUCGCUUACUAAUGAGGAGGUUGAACAAGGAGAUGAUGUCAUUAUGGAAAGCUUAACCCCACCGCCUCCCGUUGGAUUUGGUGGAAUGGGAAUCCCAAACCAGCCUACUGGUCAUCACACAAUGGAAUUUUUUGAGAUGUGUGCGGCACUCAUUAUUCAACUUGCUCGUUAGGUACUAUUUAAUUCUAUUUUUGAAAUCAUUUCUAUAUGUGUUGUAAUGUAAAUUCAUAAAUAUUAAGUGACAUGUUACAUA